UUGACGUUAGAGUGGGCAGCCUCGCGACUCACAGACGAUCUUCGGACAGGUUUGGGAUUCUCUGUCCUCCGCCGUCAAACAGGGAAAACCGCAUAAGGAGCGAGUGCUGAGGCGGACGGAGAGGACGUCAAAACCCGCUGGAAAAUACUCAUCUGUGUACCGGAAUACUGACAAGAGUUCGGAUUUAAACUACGGAUUUGUGCUGGAAAACGAGACGUGUCCCAAGGGGGUAAAUUAAGGCAUCCGGGAUAAAGGCUGGCGCUGCUUUUACCUGCUCGGCUCCAGACUACAUUUCCCAUGGAUCCGUGGACAGAGCUGCUCACUGCCACGUUCAGGAGCUACCAGUCAGGGCUUUGGACUCAGAGGACCAGUGGUACACACCAGGAUCUAACACAGUGACCCCCCCACCCCUUCAAAAAGUCUUCAGCUUCUUCUCAUUACCUCCACCUGUACCUCCUCCUGGUUCCAACCUCCGGUCCAGAAUCUUCUGUGUGGAAAAGCUCGGUUCUCUGCUGCUGUCCGGACCGGUGUCAGGAUGGGGGGCGUGUCCUGUUUGCUCGUGACGGCUGCUGCUCUGCUGCUGGUGCUUAGAACUGAUGCGGCGGGUCAGAACCCCGACCACGUCCUGGUGGACACGGGGGGAAGCCACGGGGCCCAGCGACCCGGAGACGACUCCACCAUCUCCCCCGAGGACCUGCCCCGCUUCCUCAGCUGCUACUGCUCCGGUCACUGUCCGGACGACGCCGUCAACAACACCUGCAUGACCAACGGUCAGUGCUUCGCCAUCAUCGAGGAGGACGAGCAGGGAGAGGAUCACCUGACCUCCGGCUGCAUGAAGUACGAAGGUUCACACUUCCAGUGCAAGGACUCUCCCAACGCGAAGACCCGCAGGACCAUCGAGUGCUGCAGCACCGACUUCUGCAACAGGGAGUUGAAGCCCACCCUUCCCCCGCUGCCCCCCAUAGAGCACAGCCCCCACUGGCUGGCCUUCUUCAUCUUCAUGACCGUGUGCUGCUGCACGCUCAUCUGCGUCAUCAUCAUCUGCUACUACAGGUUCAAGUGGCAGGGCGAGCGCCAGCGUUACCCCAAAGACGUGGAGGAGGAAGUCUUCAUCCGUGAUGGAGAGUCGCUCAAAGACCUGAUUCAUCAGAGCUCCGGCAGCGGCUCAGGGCUCCCCCUGCUGGUGCAGCGGACCAUCGCCAAGCAGAUCCAGAUGGUUCGACAGAUCGGGAAGGGCCGCUACGGGGAGGUGUGGCUGGGCCGCUGGAGGGGGGAGAAGGUGGCCGUCAAAGUCUUCUUCACCCGCGAAGAGGCCAGCUGGUUCAGAGAGACGGAGAUCUACCAGACGGUCCUGAUGAGACACGAGAACAUCCUCGGCUUCAUCGCGGCGGACAUCAAAGGGUCGGGCGCCUUCACGCAGCUCUUCCUCAUCACCGACUACCACGAGAGCGGCUCGCUGUUCGACUACCUGAAGUCCACCACGCUGGACACGCAGUCGCUGCUGCGGCUGGCGUACUCGGCGGCCUGCGGCCUCUGCCACCUCCACACGGAGAUCUACGGCACGCAGGGCAAGCCGGCCAUCGCCCACCGAGACCUGAAGAGCAAGAACAUCCUGGUGAAGAAAAACGGCGCCUGCUGCAUCGCCGACCUGGGGCUGGCCGUCAAGUUCAACAGUGACACAAACGAGGUGGACAUCCCUCUGAGCACGCGGGUCGGGACGCGGCGCUACAUGGCGCCCGAGGUUCUGGACGAGAGCAUGAACAAGAACCACUUCCAGGCCUACAUCAUGGCGGACAUGUACAGCUACGGCCUGGUGGUGUGGGAGAUGGCCAGACGCUGCGUGACCGGAGGAAUCGUGGAGGACUACCAGCUGCCGUACUACGACACGGUUCCCUCAGACCCCUCCUACGAAGACAUGCUGGAGGUUGUGUGCGUCAAAGGCCUGAGGCCCACGGCGUCCAACCGCUGGAACAGUGACGAGUGCCUCCGGGCCAUGCUGAAGCUCAUGUCGGAGUGCUGGGCCCACAACCCCACCUCCCGCCUCACCAUCCUCAGAGUCAAGAAGACGCUCGCCAAGAUGGUGGAAUCGCAGGACAUCAAGAUCUAACCGCCCUCCGUGCUGGCUCCGCCCCUCGAACUUCUGAACCGAACGUUUGGGUUUGGUGGAGGGAAAGGAGUUCUGAUGUGAAGAAGAGAGGAGUUCGCCUCCUCCUCUUCAUCCAAGCUCCACGCUUUCUGUGAAAGCCAAGCAAGAUGGAAGAGGGGGCGGAGCUCCUUCAUCCGCCGGCCUCCUGGCUGAGAGUUCUGUCCCCUCCUCAGAGGAAAUGAAACACGUUUGAGACUCGGAGGGUUUGCUGAAACGUAGCUGGCUCCUCCCACUGGACAUUGAGGAGUCGCCAUGGAAACGUCUGCCGUCCUGUUCGACUGUCUGUCCACUUCCUAUCUGUCUGAUAGGAGAAAGCUCCGCCCUCCUAAAGAGCUGCAGCUGCUUCCAAGGAGGAUCGUUGAUUGGUUGAGUCAGUGGGUGGAGCCAAACUCAUUUGAUCGAUUUACAGCAGAUCUGUGGCUCCGCCCACUCUCUUCCUCCAAUCAGGUUUUUCUUUGUCUAAAUAAAGGUACAGAUUUAUUUCAUUUAUUCUAAAGUACGACUCGUCACAAAGCCUCACGCCGGUGGGAGGGACAAACUGACCACGCCCACUGCCUCAACCAGGAAGUUCUGAUUCUAAACUGACAACCUAUCAGAGGAGAGCUUUUAUUUUAGGAUCUCAAAUAGGAAAAUGUGAGGCGCGUUGACGAGGUAAGACGAGUCGUUCUCAGCAGUAACUGUAGUGUUUGUGUGUCCUGAUAUAAUCUAAUACGUAAAGCUUCCAUGUGGUUUUGUACAGCCUCUGUUUGGUGCCUUAUGAGUUUACAGAGACCAAUCUCUGUAUCCAGUCUGUCCAAUGUACCCCUUUCUAAGUAAAUAACCUUAUUUUAGUACACAAA